CUAUGGGGUCGCACAGAGUCGGACACGACUGAAGUGACUUAGCAACCCAUGACAUGGACUUGUCAGAGAAGCACAAACUUGGGAGAAAGCUGGCAGCUUCGUCAAGUCCUAAGCCCUUCCGUCCUGCGUGCACACAAACUGUUCCCAGUCCCGGGAGAUGUUUCGAGGGCUGAACUGUUCCUUCUUGGCAAGUGCUGCAGUUGCCCCAAACAUCUGUUGACCUCAUCUCCACCCAAACGCUGCGGUCUGCAGCCCCAUGUCCCCCUCCUCCUAUCCAUCUUCAACGGCUUUAGUGCCUCAGCCCUCCCUCUCGCCUGGAAUCCUGUGCCCGCCCCCUUGCGCUGGCCCCAGCCACAGCUUUAAGCUCUUCCUUUUUCAUGGCUCCGCCCAGUCAGGCACACCCGCUGGGGAAGGUUCCUCGUUUCUCAGGAACUCAGAGGUCCGGGGUCUGAGUUACCCUGGUGGAGAUGGACCGUCCAAAACCCAAGGUCUUCCCAGUGGGGCACUGCUGCCCCUCCCUGGGAAUGCGAGCCUCGGAGGCUGGCAGCGGAAGGCUCUCAGUGCCACUCUCCAUCAGCAGGAACGCGGCCAUGGUGAACGAACCCAGAGGGAACGGCAGCCCCAGCCCCCGCUGGGAGGGCAGCAGCAGCGGCAGCGAGAGCUCCAAGGACAGUUCAAGGUGCUCCACGCCGGGGUUGGACCCCGAGCGAUGCGAGAGACUCCGGGAGAAAAUGAAGCGGAGGAUGGACUCUGGUGACAAGUGGUUCUCCCUAGAGUUCUUCCCUCCCCGAACUGCCCAGGGUGCUGUCAAUCUUAUCUCCAGGUUUGACCGGAUGGGAGCGGGUGGCCCCCUCUUUGUAGACGUGACCUGGCACCCAGCUGGGGAUCCUGGCUCCGACAAGGAGACCUCGUCCAUGGUGAUUGCCAGCACAGCCGUGAACUACUGCGGCCUCGAGACAAUCCUGCACAUGACCUGCUGCCAUCAGAGCCGUGAAGAGAUCACGGGUCACCUGCACAAAGCCAAGCAGCUGGGCCUGAAGAACAUCCUGGCGCUGAGGGGAGACCCCAUAGGUGACCAAUGGGAAGAGGAGGAAGGAGGCUUCAACUAUGCUACGGACUUGGUGAAGCACAUCCGAAACGAGUUUGGUGACUACUUUGACGUCUGUGUGGCAGGUUACCCCAAAGGCCACCCUGAAGGAGAGAGCUUUGAGGCUGAUCUGAAGCACCUGAAGGAGAAGGUGGCUGCGGGAGCCGACUUCAUCAUCACCCAGCUAUUCUUUGAAGCUGACACGUUCUUCCGCUUUGUGAAGGCUUGCUCCGAGAUAGGCAUUACCUGCCCCAUCCUCCCCGGCAUCUUCCCUAUUCAGGGCUACCACUCCCUCCGGCAGCUGGUGAAGCUAUCCAAACUGGAGGUGCCACAGCAGAUCAAGGAUGUAAUCGAGCCCAUCAAAGACAAUGAUGCUGCCAUCCGCAACUACGGCAUAGAGCAGGCCGUGAGCCUGUGCCAGGAGCUGCUGGCCAGCGGCUUGGUGCCAGGCCUCCACUUCUACACCCUCAACCGCGAGGUGGCCACCAUUGAGGUGCUGAAGCGCCUGGGGCUUUGGAUCGAGGACCCCAGGCGUCCCCUGCCCUGGGCCCUCAGUGCCCACCCCAAGCGCCGGGUGGAGGAUGUCCGGCCCAUCUUCUGGGCCUCGAGACCAAAGAGUUACAUUUACCGCACGCAGGAGUGGGAUGAGUUCCCCAACGGCCGCUGGGGCAAUUCCUCCUCUCCGGCCUUUGGGGAGCUGAAGGACUACUACCUCUUCUACCUAAAGAGCAAGUCCCCGAAGGAAGAGCUGCUGAAGAUGUGGGGGGAGGAGCUGACUAGUGAGGAAAGCGUCUUCCAAGUCUUUACCCACUAUCUCUCGGGAGAGCCCAACCAGAAUGGCUACAAAGUGACUUGCCUGCCCUGGAAUGAUGAGCCCCUGGCGGCUGAAACCAGUCUGAUGAAGGAGGAGCUGCUGAGAGUGAACCAGCGGGGCAUCCUCACCAUCAACUCCCAGCCCAACAUCAACGGGAAGCCGUCCUCUGACCCCAUUGUGGGCUGGGGCCCCAGUGGGGGCUAUGUCUUCCAGAAGGCCUACUUAGAGUUCUUCACUUCCCGAGAAACGGUGGAGGCGCUGCUACAGGUGCUGAAGAAGUAUGAACUCCGGGUGAAUUACCACAUCGUGGAUGUGAAGGGUGAAAAUAUCACCAACGCCCCCGAGCUGCAACCCAACGCGGUCACCUGGGGCAUCUUCCCUGGCCGAGAGAUCAUCCAGCCCACAGUGGUGGACCCGGUCAGCUUCAUGUUCUGGAAGGAUGAGGCCUUCGCACUGUGGAUUGAGCAGUGGGGCAAGCUGUAUGAGGAGGAGUCCCCCUCCCGCAUGAUCAUCCAGUACAUCCACGACAACUACUUCCUGGUCAACCUGGUGGACAACGAGUUUCCGCUGGACAACUGCCUGUGGCAGGUGGUGGAAGACACUUUUGAGCUUCUCAGCAGGCCCCCCCAAGACAAGAGGGAGACAGAGGCGCUGUGACCCUGCACCCUGACAACCUUAGCUUGAGGCCACUGUGUCCCGCCUUCCUCAUCUCCAUCCUGGCUCUCUGGGAGACCCCUCUUCUUCGUUUCUCCCCAGCCCUGGCCUCCACCUUCUGAUACAACGAUGCAGCUAGACUGGUGUGAGGUUCCCAGGCUCUGGCUGGACUUGAGUCCGCCCCACACAGGAACCUGGUGUUCCUGCUCAGCUGAGAGUCUGUACUCUGGUGGGGAGCAGCCGCUUCCACAAAGACCCCAUGGGCAGAACGCCGUCCACCCCGAGAAGGGCUGUUGCUAAAAGAGCCCCUAGGGGCCAGCCUGGGACUGACUGCCAGUGACCUUGCUCCUGGGUGCCAGGAGAACAGGCAAAGUGAACAUUGCAGCAGGCCCCAUGGGACUGCAGAGUAGACAUGGCAAGGUCAUAGCGCCUCACCCUUCCACCUCCAAGGCAUUGGCAGCCGGGUGCCACCCAUUUGGGAAUGAAGAGGCAGCCACUGCCCUGCCUGCCAACUGCCCCGUCAGGCGGUGGCCCCUGGAUGGACCUUGGACUGAAACCUAAUAGUUUUGGCCUCCUUUUAGCAGAGAGCUCAACUGAGUUUCUCCCCUUUCUACAGUGCUGCUGUUUGAAAGACGUAUCCCUGUGACUCGAGAAACUGCCUCUUAAGGGUUAAAGGUGUUUGAACCCUUGUACCCUUGGCCUUCCCAUUUCUCCCCUGGCCCUGAAGGGUGAAAGGAUACCCUGCCUGUUACCAUCAAGGGUGAAGAUGAGGUUGGCCGAGCUCGA